AUGUCGGGUCUUGAGAUUCUUGGAGCGAUUGCGAGCUCGAUCGCUCUGGCGCAAGCUGUCCAAGGGACACUCAAGGCGGUCGACUUUCUGCGCCAAAACUCCGAUAUUAAGAGGGAAUGUAACAGACUUAGGAAAGAAAUACUCAUGAUUGAGUGCUUCAUCAUGCAAGCCAGAGAACAAACAGACCCGAUGAUGCCGGCACAACGACUCAUUGGAUCGCCAGAACACCCACUAGUCUCCUUGACAAUACAAGAGCUCGAAGAGAUAUUGGAAGGACUUGAUGAGAUUGUGAACAAGUACUCGCGCCCUCGCAAAGUCCAUGAUCCGAAGAGGUACACAGAUAAGGUCAAGUGGUUAUCAGACGCAGGCAAAAUCGAAGAGCUCCGAGAAAGAGUUCAGGCUACAAAGUCCAAUCUGCACAUGGCCAUCACAUUUAGGGUUUCUUCUAUGGUGGAUAGGGGGAAUGUGCGACAAGAAGUUCUCUUCCACCGCGUUACACAACAGUUGACUUACUAUACACAAGAGACUCACAAUAUCUCUCAGGCUUUACCAAAACUACUCCAGGGGCCCCAGACCAUGUCGGACGGUUCGGUCACAAGUCUACAGCCGGGGACGCAGGGCACAACGAUCCACGACAAGCCGGCUUUACCAGCAACGGAAGAAAACAGACUAACUGAGAGCUCGGAAGCUUCCUUGACGAAUGUUACCGAUCCGGCUGUUACUGCAAUCAAAGAGGAGAGCUUUGUUAGUGUGACAUCCGUCCAACCCCUCGGCACUCGUUCAUGUGGCUCGAAGUGCCAAUGUCAAUGUCACCAAGGACGACGAGACCACACUGGUGCAUGGGCAGUCCCCUUGUUCUCUUCAUGGCUCAUUCGAUAUGAUAAAACAGACAAUAAUUACCAAAGCAGAUGCAGGUGCAAGGCCAGCGUUGAGUUCGAAUUUCGGCUUCCACGCUGGCUAUGGGCAGGUGUCCUUUCAUUUCAGGCAUCCCGAGGACCCAAUAUUAGCUUCUCUUUACGCCCAUCAAGGGUUCUUGAAUCUGUUCAUGAGUUAUGGAUUAUGAUGUCAAACCCAUCCUUACUAGAGACCUGUAUCAGAGAGGGGUUUGUAUGCUUUCCAGAUGACACAGCUGGAAGUGAGUGGCCCUUGUUAUCGAUGGCAUUGUAUAAUCAAAGUUCGGAAUGCGUAGAAAUUCUUCUCAAACUCUGGGGAAAUAUAUUGCCGAGUCAGAGACUUUCCAGGAACAUCGGAUAUGAACUCAAGUCAUACUAUACUAAAGGCAGUAAACCUGAAAUCGAUAUGGCAAUAGACAAAACCUUGUAUUUUGUGCAAGACUGGGACGAGGUGAGCACAACUAAAGUUCACAUAGCCGCAGCAGGAGGGGGAGGAGGAGGAGUGUUGGACGCAUUGCUGGAGCAACCUUGGGCCAUUGACGAACUCGACGAAGUUGGAGAGGCCCCAAUCCACGUCGCAGUUGGCAAUAACAACUUUGAAGGACUCGAGCAACUGAUAGCAGCCAAGGCUGACAUCAACCGGCAAACUCCUGCGGGCUAUACCCCCCUCAUGACAGCAGCGUCUUACGAGAUCGACACAAUGUUACAGAAGCUUUUGGAGCAUAGGGAGUGCCAGAAGCGUAUUGGUCAAGGCAAUAUCCAAGGUUUAACUGCACUACAUUUUGCUGCCAAAUCAGGGUCCCUAGCCUGUGUCAGACUACUACUCGAGGCUGGAGCGCCUGCAUCAAAGACCGAUGAAUAUGGUAGAACUCCAAUGCACUACCUUGCAUGGGUAAAGCAAGAACACCAGCAAGAGAUUUACGAGAUGAUAAAAUUUCUACAAGAUUAUGGGGCAGAUAUCGAAGCGAAAGAUCCCAACGGUAUAACGCCAGUAUUGUGGGCAUGCCAAAAAGGCAAUGUCGCAGUCUUAGGGGCUCUUGUUAGGGCAGGGGCAUCAAUCCGUGCCAUCGAUUCGAAUCGAAAGGGCAUUGUCCAUGUAGCAGCUCUUUCAAACAAUCUUGAUGUUGUUCAUUACCUUGCAGAACAAGAUCUUGGGGAAAUCGACCCACAGCUUCGAGGCGUCGACCAGAAUAGCACUCCCCUGGGCAGCCUAAGGUGGAUUUUUGAUGAAUACUUCAUGCAUUCCAUCAUUGUUCCAAGUCAUGAGCAACAACAGGACUUCAUUAAAUUCUAUUUUAAGUUGCUGAUACGCAACUUGGAGCGUCAUAUGUCAACCCUCCGAGAUAUUCAAGAAGCAAUAGAAGAUAGAGACUCGGGGGCCACAGAAAAACUUCUCGAUAUACUGAUAAAGAGGAAUGAGGCCAGUUUUCGGCAAGAACUUGUUGGCUGGUAUAGAGGACUCAAGUUUUAUGUUUCAGAUGGUCAGUGGGAUAAGUUGAAGGGAGCUAUAUGCGAGGAAUAUGAUGAAAUUUCGGACAAGGCUGAAAGAGCGGCGAUUGCGAGAGGGAAGACAUUGACGGAUCCUGAGAUGGAGGAAUUUUUCUAA